AUUGGGUCAUGUCUUAACAAACUCAUAGAUGUUAUAAUUGCUCGAAAUGCACCCACCAAUAUAGCAUCCACCAUUACUUACACGGGACCGAUUCAUGCAAUUUUAUCGCAAACUAAAUUAAUUAUAAACCACAAAAUAUGCAUGCAACCAAGUAACCAUUUCUCCUGCGGCGGAAGAAAAAGAAAGAUGAUGCACGCGACGUCGGAAUCGGACAUGACGAGCAUCCGGCCGUCGUCGGCGUCUCCGAGGGGCUACUUCGUGCAGAGCCCCUCGCGAGACUCCCACGACGACAUCGACAAGUGCUCCUCUUCCAACGACCGGAGCACCUUGGACUCGCCCACCGCUCCCAGGCACUCCCUCACCUCCUCCUCCUCCACCACCGCCGCCAGCCGCCGCAGGUGGAACAAGCACUACUGCAACGUCGUGCCGGAGGAGGGCGCCGCCGCCUACUAUGAUGAUUACUAUGGGGAGAAGGCCUAUGCCCGGCAGUGCAACUGCUUGAUUCUUGGCAUCACAUUUCUCCUCUCUUUUUCCCUCAUUUGGUUGAUUGUUUUUGGGGUUAGCAGGACUUUCAAAGCUCAAGUCACCAUCAAGAGCUUAAAGAUUGCAAAAUUGGAUGUUGGAGAAGGCUCAGACCACACAGGUGUCCCAACAAAGUUGAUCACACUCAACUGUUCAGCCAAUUUGGUGAUUUACAAUCCUGCUACAUUUUUUGGGAUUGAUGUCACCUCCCACAUUGCUCAUCUCAAAUUCUUAGAUCUCACUGUUGCAACUGGCCAGCUGAAGAAAUAUUACCAGCCGAGAAAGAGCAGGAGGAUGAUGUGGGUGGAGCUGGUGGGGCGAGAGGUUCCUCUAUACGGGGCGGGGGCGGCGCUGGCCGCCUCCGACGAGGAAAAAGGAAUUCCCUUCAAACUCGAGUUCAGAAUUGAGUCGAGAGGGUGCCAUCUUGGCAAGUUGGUGAAGACUCUGCACACAGUUCAUUUUACAUGUUUCCCACUUAUCAGUUCUAAGCUCCUCACCAAACAGAUCUUAUUUCCCCACAACUCUUGCAAAUACUUGUAACCACUUUCACUAUCUUUACUAUUAUUAUUAUUAUUAGAACAAAACAUUUUGUCGAA